CGCUGCGUUUGCUGGGGCGCCAAGGCGGCAGUUAGGUUAGUGGUGCGGGUGGAGUGUGCCAUGCGUCUCCGGACGCCUCCGUUGCGAACCGUGAGCGAGCUCCCUGCGCGCGAGCGGCCUGGCACGGCGCUCCUGUAAGGCGUGCGUUCAGCGGGGCGGCAGCGGACUCGCCCUCCUCGCGGAAGUCAGCCCUGAGGCCUCGGUGUGAAGCGUUUGCCCCGCCCGGGCACGGUUGACUUCUUUCCAGAAACCAGUUUUGUUUGUUUUACGUCUAAAUUCGUGUGGUCUUACUUAUCUGGGUGGUGACGUCUGGAGACCGGCGGGAAAACAGUACAGCUGUGUCAGCGUGUUAUGAUGCCAGCUCGCACCAACCUGGCUACUGGAAUCCCCAGUAGUAAAGUGAAAUACUCAAGGCUUUCCAGUACAGAUGAUGGCUACAUUGACCUUCAGUUUAAGAAAAGCCCUCCUAAGAUCCCUUAUAAGGCCAUUGCACUUGCCACUGUGCUGUUUUUGAUUGGCGCCUUUCUCAUUAUCAUAGGCUCCCUCCUGCUGUCCGGCUACUUCAGCAAAGGGGGGGCAGACCGGGCCAUUCCUGUCCUGAUCAUUGGUAUUCUGGUAUUCCUGCCCGGCUUUUACCAUUUGCGCAUCGCCUACUAUGCAUCCAAAGGCUACCGGGGUUACUCCUACGAUGACAUUCCAGACUUUGACGAUUAGCACUCACCUCAGACCUGAAGAGAAGAGUCACAGUGGGGCAGCAUCCAGCUUUAAGUUACUGAGCAGAAACUAUGGCUAAGGGCUGAGGAAUUCUGCAGUUUGCAGAUGUUUAGCAAAACAUUGGCAUGUUUUUAUGGGUCCACCUGCAAAAUGUUCACUGAGCUUAUAGUCAGUUAAUUAGGACAUGCUCUGUUUUUCAUCUCUUGGCCCUGGCAAAGCUCAACAAGAUUUUUCCACAUGAAUAUGUAUCAUGGAAGAAUAGCAAGGUUAAUUGUCUGGAAAAGUAGGAGGUUAUUCUGUAGUGGAAAGUAUUACCGCUACCCCCUCUUUAGAGUUGAACGUUUCUUUAAAAUAGACUUCAUUGUCAAUUUGUUGUUUUAGCAAAUGGAAGAAAGGCGUAUGUCUAAUUUCUUAUUACUAAGUAAUUUUUUUUUCUUUUAUUCAUAUUUGCAUACAAGGCUUGGGUCAUUUCUCCCCCCCUGCCCCCAAGUAAUUUAUUUAAAAAAAAAAAAAUCCACUACAUUUUUCUCUACCUUCAUAUUCUGAUAGAAGAAAGUGUGGGUCCAUCUGUAAUAUUUUUUUACUUUCUUAAUUGACAGCAACCAGGAAUUUUUUAAGCCACAGAGUUAAGUUUUUAAAAUGUAAGCACUUUCUCUGAUAACCAGUCUUUGCCCAGCCAUGAACUAGUUUCCCACUAGGUUGGCCAGCAUAUAAUUUGGGUCACUAUGUCAUUUGAAGAUCAAGAUGUUCUAUAUAUCAUGCCUUUGAGGACUGGACUUUGGGCUGUUUCUUAAUGAGAAAUGUAGAUAAGCAGUUACUAUUUAGAGUUUAUAACCUUAUUGUUAGCACUUGGUACUAUGAUAUCAUUCUGCUAAAGAUUGAAAGACUUGACCUAAAUCCCUGGAGGAAUAGAUUGCCUUUGGUUAAUUCUGUUUCCUAGCUUUAAAAAAGUGAUUUAUAUUCAAAAGAAAUUAAAAUGUCAAAAUCCAAGUUCUAGGCUUCACAUGAGUUAACUUUUAGCAUAUUUCAAGAUUUUAAUGAUUUUAUGAUGUCUUUGAUCUUAGUAAUCCAGGACGACCUUUGUUUUUAGGUAACUGGCAUCAUGAAUCAGAUCUUUUCCAAUCAGUUUUUUACUCUUAUGGACUUGGGCAGCUUGGAGCCUAAACAUGCCGCUGAGAUUUGGGAGGCUGUGAGUAGGGUAGGUUUGAGGGAGAAGAUUAGUUCACUUUUGGAUGUGCUACAUUAUAGGCGUCUGCUCAACAUCCAAAGGUUGCUGUGGAGGAGGCAAUUGCUGUGCAGUGUGUCUAGAAUUCAGGAGGGGGUGGUUAGAGAUAGAAAUGUGUGAGUCAGUAUUUGGGCAGUAUCUUCAGAGCCGUGGGGCUGGAUGAGAUCACCAGUGGACUGAAUAUAUAUGGAGAAGAAAGGAGAACUUGAGAAAUGAGGGACAGAGACUGACCUGAAGCAUCCUCCAAGUUUGGAUACAUUUGGUAAUGGGAGGAGAACCUGAGACCUCCAAUGCUCUAGAGUUCUUGACACUUGACAGUGAAGAUAUGAGGUAUAAUAAUACAUAGAGCUUUGCAAUGGGCUAUGCUUGCAAAUCAAAGUUCAGAUAGAGUGGUGUCAGCCAAAUCCAGUUAUUUGGUCCUUUUUAUAAAGAUAGUGAUUUUCCUAGUAAGAAAAAUCAAAAUGGAACAAAAGGGUAUAAAGUGAAAAGUAAACAUUUGGUGUGUACAUGGGAGGGGUGAACAUUUGCUUCAUUAGCUCACUUUCCAGGUUUGUUCAAUUCUAGAAAUGCUCCAGAAAUAACUUUCCAGAAAUGUUCCAAGCAUAUAAACAUAUCCUUUAAAAAAGACAUAUUCUUUUAAAAAAAGAAAAGAAAGAAAACUUGGGCUCCCAUUGUAUGAUUCUAUAAUUUCUCCUUUUCUACUUACUCUUGUUUUGUGUAGCAGUAUACAAAGAGAUCAGUCACAUUUGGGAAGUGGGGCAGUUUUGGGGACCAAACCCAGGACAUCACAAGCUAGCAACUCUAUCACUGAGCAAUACCUCCAACCCUAGCUGGUUUGUUUUUCAUGUACGUUGUAUCUAAGUAUAGUUUUUCAUCUUACGUGCAUAUGUAGUCUUAGGGUCCUAAGACUUCCCUCCUGAUGUAGGAAUCCCUUUCUAAUCCGCUGGUAAUUUACUUUCAUUUGACUUUGUUCCAGAGGUAACUUUUUUCGGGGGGAGGGGGGGUUUGAUACUCAGGGCUUCACAUUUGCUAGGCAGGCACUCUACUGCUUAAGCCACACCUCCAGUCCAUUUUGCUCUAGUUAUUUGGAGAUGGGGGUCUUGUGAACCAUUUAUCUGAACUGGCCUCGAACCGCAAUCCUGAUCUCAGCCUCCCAAAUAACUAGGAUUACAUGUGCAAGACACCAGCACCUGACCAGAAGUAUCUUAUUAAGCCAAAAUCAGACUCCCUAUAACUUCUAUACAUUGACUGUAAUUAUAUUCCUUACUGCUUUAUAGAAAACAAAUUCCUGUAAUACUGGUGAAUGUUUCUUGAACCCUUUGCCAAACGUUGUGCUAAGUAUUUUCAUUACAUAUUCUGUAUCAUUUUAAUUUUUGGGAAAAUCCUGAGUUACAUAAAAUUCCUAGGCAGUAGAUGGGAUAUUCAGAAUUCACAGCAAAGUCUAAAGUGUUUAGAGGCUGAGUAAGUAAAAAAAAUGGGGAGGAGGGGUGGACAGGAGUAAAAGGAACCAACCCAAAUGGAUGUUUGCCUAAAAGUUCCCUUUUUCCCCUCCUUUUUUUUUUUUUCCCCUUUGGUGAUACUGGGGUUU